AGAGAAGAGAGGUGACGGUGCUUCAGAAUUUAAACAGUCCUCAGAACAUCUACACACUCUUACUCAUCAAAAGCUCUGACAUGGCAGAGCAGCGAAAUCAGGUCUCAUCAUCCAUAUCCCAGAAGCCAUUGGGGUUUUCAUCCUCGGAGGCUGCAGUGACUGAGAUGGACCCGGUGGAAUACACCCUUCGCAAACGCCUGCCGAGAAAGCUGCCCAAGCGACGUAAUGACGUGUACAUCAACAUGAAGACCGACUUUAAGGCUCAGCUGGCCAGGUGUCAGAAGCUGCUGGACAGUGGUGCAGGUCACAGGGAGAUCUGCAUUCACGGCCUGGGACUAGCAAUCAAUCGAGCCAUCAACAUCGCUUUGCAGCUGCAGGCCUUUAGCCAGGGGGCACUGCAACUGUCAGCCAACACCUCCACUGUAGAGCUGGUAGAUGACUUGGAACCUGAGGACCCGGAUGAAGCAGGAGAGUCCCUGACACGCACACGCAACAACUCGGCCAUCCACAUCAAAGUGUUUUACCCCAGUGUGUGAAGAAAAAUCAGUCCCAAUUCCACUACAAAGAUUAAAAUAUCCUACUGUCCUUUGUCCACAUGGUACAUCUAUGAUACAAGGAUAAGCUGACUGGUGUUGGAUAAGUUGAAACAUGUUAAGUUGUGGUCACUUGUUUUGUUUUGAAAGCAAAUCAACAAUAAUUAAUGGAAUUUGCUGUAUGUGUUCAUUUGGAUGCGCUAAACCUUCCACAGCGAAAGUUGAGCAAACCCAGCUGUAUAUAGAUUAGUGGCCUUGAUGCAUUGAAUUUAUUCAGAUGGAUGCAGUCUGUCCAAACAAACAGCACAUACAGAAGCAAAUGUGCAAUGUGGUGGGAAAACGUUGGCUACUGAAUAAUAUUGCCCCAGAAAUAUUGUGUAAUGUUCAAUUUUUUUUAAUUUGAGCUGAAAAUGUAUUCCUGAGUUUCAUUGCUGAAUGGAAAUACAAUGAUGUAAUUAACACAUUUUGAACAGAUUAUUCUUAACAUUAUGACCUAACGAGACUUAAUUAUUUCAUUCAGCCAAUGAGGAGGCCGGACUGAAUGGUUCAAAUGUCAACCAGCUCGGACAGGUUUGCACGGAAAAAAACAGCCAAAUUAUUUAAAUUACUUAGUAAUUAGUCUCAAUCACUUCUUAAUUGGUAACCGCACCACAAUGGUGGACUACUUCCAUCUCAGAUCUAGCUUGGCCAGGCCCAUUUCUCACACAACUGAUAGAGUAAGCUUCUAUUGUGACCAUUACUUUACAGUGCCAACAGAUGACGUUGUGCUGAUAGAACUGUAUUAUAUGAAUGGUACUACUGCAUCUACACAGCUUGGUUGUUUACAGGUGAAAGUGGCAGAGAAAGUGUCAUUUAUUUUUGAUUAGAGUGCAAGUUGUCCACUCACUUUUUAGUUUGGAUAAAUUAUGGAAGAAUAAACAGCAAUUUGUCUGUAAAACAUGUAUAUAAAACACUUGUUUGUACUUCUGAGUUAUAUAUUUUAUUUGCUGUGCAUUUAUGUAUGUCACCAGCGUUCUGCAUAUUAGUGUGCAUGUUUUUGAUAUUGUUGUUGAAGACAUUUGUGUUGUAUAUUUGUGCAAACGUUAUUAAAUAUUACUAUUUGUUUGCGAGCUAUUUUUCUUCCCCUGCUGAUGUUUUUCUGGUUAGUGGUGUCUCGAUGGUUAAGGUGAUGGUUAAGUCUUACUCAUUUCCAUUUUCUGUAUUUAGCAGAUGCUUUUUUCCCAAAGCAACGUACAGUACUGUAACAGUAUAUUGUAUUAGUAAUUGAGGGUUAAGGGCCUUGCUCAAGGGCCCAACAGUGGCAACCUGGCAGUGGUGAGGCUUGAACCAGCGACUCUUUGAUUACUAGUCCAGUACUUUAACCGCUAGGCUACAACUGCUCUUUUACUUUUACUACUACCAAACAAGCAUCAACUGGCUUUUGAGCAAUUUAGCUGCCUUGAUUGCAUAUUGACUGCUGUUAACUGCUUUGGAUGAAACCUUGUUAGUAAGCCCAGGCGUCCACUUGAGGGCAGUGUAUACCAUUUUUUAUACCAUGUACUGUAUAUAAUUUUCUAGUCAUGUCUGACCUGUCUGGAGCUGUGAAGGCUAUUCUCACUGACCUUAGAUUUAAUGUUCUGUGAAGUUCACUGAUGUCCUUAAUUGUAUCACAUGUGAUCUGCAUGGUCACAAGACUUAAAAAUACAGUAAGCUUAAUUAAAAUUGCAUUGAAGCGUUACAUUUUUUAAUGUUGGCAUGAAAACGCGUUUUAACUUGACUAUGACUAUGAGUUUGUUUAUUAGGAUUUUAACGUCUUGCUGUGAGGCAACAGUGCUACCCACUUAGCCACCUUGCCGCCUAUGACCGAGUCCAUGGCUGUCAAGAAACUAAAACCAAACCCUAUUGGCUGAGUCCACAAUAAAGAUUAUGCACUUUUACAA